UGCCUAUGUCAAAGUAUAACCUGAAGGUUUAUUAAUCAAGUGGUUCGCCGUGCGUGCGCUUCAAGGACUUCAAUUUUGGAAUAUUACCCAAUCCCCAAACUAAAGACUUAAUCACGAUGGCAUCUUUAAUAUCUAACAUUAUUAGACAAGUACCAAAGGUCCUCAGUGUGAAUGCUUUGAGGUCACAACAAGUUACAUCAACUAGUAUGAUUAAGAAUCAUGUUCGAAUGAUUCAAACAGGAACAAUGUUGAAUGCUCCAAGGGUUCAACAACCAGCACCACCAUUCAAGGGAAUGGCUGCUUUUGGUGAUGAUUUCAAGGAGAUUUCCUUGACUGAUUUUAAAGGCCAAUAUGUGGUUUUAUUUUUCUAUCCAUUGGAUUUCACUUUUGUGUGUCCAACUGAAUUGAUUGCUUUCAAUGAGCGCGUUGAAGAUUUCAAAAAAUUGGGCGUUCAAUUGAUUGGAGUAUCAGUAGAUUCACACUACACUCACUUGGGUUGGAUGAACACCCCGCGUGAUAAAGGCGGGCUCGGAAAACUACAAUAUCCACUACUUUCCGACUUGAACAAAACAAUCGCACGAGACUACAACGUCUUGCUAGAAAAUGAAGGCAUCGCUUUGCGAGGUCUCUUUAUCAUUGAUCCGAAAGGUGUGUUGCGAAUCAUGCAAGUUAAUGAUUUGCCAGUCGGCCGAUCAGUUACUGAAACCCUUCGAUUAGUCGAAGCAAUUAAAUUUUAUGAAGAACACGGCGAAGUUUGCCCCGCUAACUGGAAAGCCGGCGAUUUGACAAUUAAACCAAAUCCUAAAGAAGCGCAAGAAUAUUUUUCAGCCGCCAAUAAAAGGAAUUAGAAGAUAUUAAAUGGUAAUGUUUUGUAUUCAUUAGUAAAUUUGUUUUGUUUUUGAUACAUGGAAGGUUCUGUUGGUCAGUAAAAAUGGUACAAUAUUUCUAGAUUAAUAAAUCCAAAUGUUUACCAAUAAAUUAACAUUCUAAGUACAUGAA